AUGGCUCGCAUGUUACAGUCGUUGCGGCGGGCGCUAGGCCUGAACCUACCGCGUUCAGUACCAAAAUACUCCCGAUCGAUAAACACCAACUUUUCCUACUUCCAACCGGGCGAUCGAGUCGUGAUCCAUCACAAGAAUCCCAAGUUGACAAAACCCUUGAAGAGCGGGGACAAAACGGAUCUCCCCCGGGGGCACCUAACCCACGACUCCAUCAUCGGCCACGGAGUGCGCGAGCGGUUCCGAGCACACAAAGGAAUCGACCACCGUGUCACGCACCCAACACUGGAAGAAUAUGUCACUCUGACUCCGCGAAAGGUCACUCCGAUCUACGGCCCAGACGCGAACCUCAUCGCCUCCCUCCUCGAUAUCCACGUCGCCCCUCCCACCGAAGGCGACCAUGAACCCCCACUGGAGAUCCUCGAGUCCGGAACGGGUCACGGCUCGCUGACCCUCCACCUAGCGCGCACCAUCCAAGCAGCCAACCCAGCCCCCCCAACAAUCCCAUUCAAAUCCCAGAUCCAGUACCUAGAAGACCGGCCCACGAGACCCGAAGAGGAAGACCCCGAGCGCGCCAACAAAACCCAAGAAACCACCGAAGAGGAGGAAGCCGCGAAAGCAGUGCAACAAGAAUGGGACGCCUGGCGCACGCAGCGCCGCCGCGCCGUCAUCCACACGGUAGACGUCUCCGGGAAAUUCUCCGCGCACGCUGAAAAGGUCGUGCGCGGGUUCCGCCGCGGCCUCUACGCAGGGAACGUCGACUUUCACGUCGGUCCAGUCGAGGACUGGAUCGCUGCGCAGAACAAACAACGUUUCUCCUCCUCUUCCCCCUCCUCUCCCGCAUCUCUCACCGACACCGACACCAACACCAACACCACCACCAUCGAACCCUACCUCUCCCACGUCAUCCUCGACAUGCCCUCCGCCGACCAACGCAUCGCGCACGUCGCCCCCGUCCUCAAACCCGGCGGCACGCUAAUCGUCUUCGCGCCCAGCAUCACCCAGAUCGGCGAAUGCGUGCAGCUGAUCCGGAAACAGGGGCUGCCCUUCGCGAUGGAGAAGGCCGUCGAGCUAGGCGCUGGCAUCAGCGGCGGCCGACUGUGGGAUGUCCGUCUGGCGGUGAAGAAGUCCCGUGCUGAUCCUGCUUCGUGGGCUGAGUCCUCUGCUACCCCGGAGGACAGCGAGUUGAGGUCUACUUCGUCUUCGUCAGCGAAUGAAGAAGCUGACGAUGCGAGCUCCCCUGCUGUUGCGGAUGAAGGCGUGCUAGUCUGUCGACCUAAGGUCGGAGCGCGGGUCGUCGGCGGCGGGUUCGUUGGGCUCUGGACGAGGAUUGAAGAUGCUGUACCGCAGUCUGGAUCUGAAUCUGACUCUGCACCUGCACCUGCACCUGCACCUGCAUCUGAAUCUGAAUCUGAAUCUGCAUCAGAAUCUAAGCCUGAGUCUGAGUCCGAAUCUGCAUCUGAACUUGCAUCUGAAACAGAGUCCAAAUCCGAACCCGCGCCCUAACGACUAUCACCCUUCAUAUACCCUACCCAACCUCCACUUCAAUCAAAAUGUACUAUAAAUAGCAU